AUGAGGGACCUGGGGCUUCUGGGCCUGACCUACUUCUACGUCGUAUUUGCUUUAGGCGGCGUCAAAGCUAUUGCCCAUCCAGUUUCCAUCUUCAUCGAAGUCAUUGCCGCCAUCGAAAUUCUCUUUUACUUGCUCUUCUUCCUACCGUACAAACGGUACCUUCAAACUUACAAGCCAUACACGCCCGCUCGUAUGAGUCGAUCACAGCGCGCCCGACUAUUCUCCAAGGCCUUGAGUCUCGUGCCAGAUGGCGAGGAAUUCGUUCGCAUGUGGAUGCUCAACAACUUCCCUCUCGCCUAA